CAAAGUGUCAUCUCAAAUAGGUGUCAACAAAGAUGAGGAAAGCAAAUGUUGAAAUCAAAGCAGCUGAUAGUUGUGUAUUUUUAAGUAUCUUUUUGAGCAGUAACUAGAGGUUCACCUAGAAUAUAAGAUAAUAAACUUGAAGUCCUGCAUAUUUUCUCUGAGAUUAGCUUAAAUCCCAGUCUUUCGACGAGCUCUGCACCAGAGAAAUUUUCUUCCGUUCCAAGGCAUACUCUGCCAUUCCAUUAGUGUAGUUCUUACUAAGUACCAUUUUUAGUCCUGAAUUUGUUUGCCUCUUGUACAUGCAAAACAGAUCAGUUUUGCCUCUCACCUGAGCAUACUGUUCUAUGAGUAGGUAACAUGAAUUUAAAUAGCCAUUAUCGAUUGAUAGAUUAAUGCUGAUCUGCUUUUCUCCAUUGUUUAAUAAAUGAUGGGCAGAUUUGGAUAAAUCAGCAUAUCUUGCUAGAGUCUUCUCUCAAAAGUGACUGGAGUAAUGAAUAUGCAUGCAAAGAUCAUAUUGUUUCACUUUGCCUUUUAUGACGUUAGGUUCUUUUAGAGAAAGUUUAUGUUCCAUACAAAUUGGGAAAGAUUCUCAUUAACAGAGCGGAAUGAUUUUUGGAGCUGUGAAUGUGUCUUUCUUACACAGAUACCAUAAACAUCAGGUGUUUUCUUGAUUUGCUUAGACAUGAAUAUAUCAGUAGCUGGUGUAAGCUUGAGUUCACCCUCAGGUCCCCAACUACCAGCCAUUUGUACUGCUUCUGUUUGAGCUGUGAUGGCAUUCUUGUUAAAUGCAAAACAGGCCUUGCUGAAUUUUUAUUACCUCCUUUCCUGCUUUUCUGUACCCAGGAUGUUACAGGAAUAUGUUGCUUUAGGCACCUUUUUCAGGAAAACCACCAGAAGAAUUCCACAGUUCUUCCUUUGAUUUUUUUCCAGUUUUGCUUUCUCUGCUGGUGCUGGCUGCGUUAUUUAGCCCUUUAUGUGAUCCCCUGCCCCAUGCUUGCAUUCACCUGGUAGAGUUAGCGACUGCUGUACCAGCAAGACUUUGAAGUACUCUGCUUUAGAGUACACUGUGUUCUUGUGCACACAUAGCAGUUUGUGAUGGAUGGCCCUCUCAGUCACAGCUAGAAAAGCACACUGCUAAUGUAAUUUUGUAGAGAAUAAGCAUGAGUUUUGUCAGAUGGCUUCAAUGCAGACAGGAUUAAGCAUGGAAAAACAAAAUACUACGUAGUAAUAGAGUGACAAAAACCAGCAAAGAAGGGCUUAGCGCUUACUGUCAGGAGUCUUAGAAGUGCCUGUUGUUACUCCUAAUGUUAGCAUUUGUGAUUCAGCUCUUCAACUUACUCUAAGAGUGAAAAAAAGAGAAAAGGGAACUUGACCUUGACCUCAGGAGUGUAGCUUGACCCCAUUGCUACUGGAGAAUCAUGGAACUGCUUUUCCUGAUGCUGUAAUGCCUUCCUUGUAUCUAAAGAAAGUUUUAGCAGCCAAAUUGCAUGACACAUGGCAGAAGGGGGCUUACCCUACUAAGUGCAACACAUAAUUUUUCUUUUGGGGAAAAAAAUGGGGCACAAGCUUCCUGGUAGUCAGGUGGAAUUUGCCUUCACUUGGUUAUAAUCGGCUUUGUUCUUUUGUUGAUGCUACCUCGGCCAUACACUGUUGCUACCUGCCACUUCUUGUCAUAAAGCUCGUCAGGGAAAAUAAACUGAGGCCACAAUAACAUCUGGCAGUGUCUUGGCAAGAUCUGGCUGGUCUUUUGAAGUAUUCUCUUUUCUGUGGGUAGGAGAUGAAGUCAGAACUAUGUUUUGGUUUGUAUAUAGGGAUCAUUAUUUUUAGACCAGCAGCAGGUCUUAGCCUCUGCAUGUAAUCCGCUCAGACAGAGCCACAUGAGGCAUCAAGGUUUGCACAAGGUGUCUGUGGAGCUCAGAGUCAUUGAUGUUGAGUAUAGCUUGAGUUGUGGAAGCAUGGGUGCUCAAAGCACUGAAUUGUGUGAUAAUUUAAAGUUCAGUGUCUCAUGUUCAGUGCCUCAUGAUGUCCCUGCCUAUGGAAGGGGGUUGGAACUAGAUGAUCUUUAAGGCCCCUUCCAACCCAAACCAUUCUAUGAUUCUGUCUUUGUCUACGUCAACUUCUGUUUCAGACAUGGCAGUUAUGUGAUAAAAGCUUUUUAUGAAAUCAGUUCCAAACUUAAAUAAUUCUUAGUACAUUGGUGUUCUGUGUAUCAAGCAAAGUUGGUACAACUGGAGCCAGUGUGCCACUGACUUUGGAGUGUGCACAUAUUGCAGACAGGAAUCUGCAUGUUCUCAGCAGCCAGGGACAUUGCAUAUUGAGGGUAUUUUGGUACAUAGAAAGGUUAUCAGGGCCCAUUCUAAAAAGCACCAGCUGAACUGCAUGCAUUUGGUGCUGCCAGUGAGAAGGUUUGCCUAGGAUGUCAUCCCUCAGCUAUACAUAGCAAACUCAAAGCUCCUUACAGAGAAACCUCUUACCCAGUCACUUUCCACAAAUGGUGCAUGCACCUAAAAGUACUUAAUGAAAAUCCUUCAGAGGUAUUUAAUGCAAAAGCAGUUAGUCUCUCUGGUGUUUUUCAGAAGCCCGCGCACACCACCAGCAAGGAGGAAGUGCAGGGCAGCUACAGCACAGCACUUGGGCUAGUUACUCAUUUUGUUUCAACCAGGCUCUGCCACCCCAAGAGCUUCUCAAGAUGUGUGACAUGGGGGGGCUUGACAACCUGAUUGCCAACACAGCCUAUCUGCAGGCAAGGAAGAGUGGAGAUGGAGACACAAAGGAGAUGCAAAAGAGACGUAGGAGCCUUUCGCUGCCCAAGGUUGAUCAGUGCAGAGAGGUUAGACAGUCCAUUGUUGCUGAUUAUGACAACAUCUGUGAGCAGCAGCCCAUUGGCAAGAGAUUCUUCAGAGACUUCUUAGAGACAGUGCCAGAAUAUUUGGUAGCUAGGGACUUCCUGGAUGAGGUGUCAAACUGGGAGUUGGCAGAGGACAAUGUCAAGAGCAGUACCAUGGAGAAUAUGAUCACCAAUUUUCUUAAGACAGGCUCCAAAAACUAUCUGGCUUUCAUGAGCUCUGACUUGGCCAACAAAUGCCAGGCAGCUACUGCAAAUGACUAUGAGAAUGUUGUGCAGCUGGCCAAGGAGGAAACCAAACUCUUCCUUAAAGGCAACCCAUUCCAGGACUUCCAGACCAGCCCCUUGUAUGACAAAUUCCUCCAAUGGAAAGUUUUUGAGAAGCAGCCGGUAACUGAAAAAUACUUCUAUGAGUUCCGAGUGCUGGGCAAAGGUGGCUUUGGAGAGGUUUGUGCCAUCCAGGUGAAAAAUACUGGCAAGAUGUAUGCCUGCAAGAAACUGGAUAAGAAAAGGUUGAAAAAGAAAGGGGGAGAGAAGAUGGCGUUACUGGAGAAAGAGAUCCUGGAGAAGGUCAACAGCCCUUUCAUAGUCACACUAGCUUAUGCCUUUGAGAGCAAAAGCCAUCUGUGUCUUGUCAUGAGCCUCAUGAAUGGAGGGGAUUUGAAGUACCACAUCUACAAUGUGGGAGAAAGGGGUUUGGAAAUGAAGAGGGUCAUCUAUUACUCAGCUCAGAUCACCUGCGGGAUUCUGCAUCUCCAUUCCAUCAAGAUUGUGUACCGGGACAUGAAACCAGAAAACGUCCUCCUGGAUGAUAACGGUAAUUGCAGACUGUCUGAUCUUGGGUUGGCAGUGCAAGUCAAAGAGGGAAAAAGCAUCACUCAAAGGGCUGGGACAAAUGGUUAUAUGGCUCCAGAAAUCCUGAAGGAAGAAGAUUACAGCUAUCCUGUGGACUGGUUUGCUAUGGGGUGUAGUAUUUACGAGAUGGUCGCUGGGCGAACACCAUUCAAGGAUUUCAAAGAAAAGGUCGAUAAGGAUGAGGUUAAAAGAAGAACUCUGGAAGAUGAGGUGAAAUUUGAACAUGCCAACUUUACAGAGGAAACAAAAGAUAUUUGCCGGCUGUUUUUGGCUAAGAAAAAAGAGAGUCGUUUAGGAAGCAGAAAUGAAGAUGAUGACCCAAGAAAACAUAGUUUCUUCAAAACAAUAAAUUUCCACAGGCUAGAGGCAAACCUUAUUGACCCUCCAUUUGUGCCAGAUCCAUCAGUUGUCUAUGCCAAAGAUGUUACAGACAUUGCUGACUUCUCUGAAAUACGAGGAGUUGAGUUUGAUGACAAAGAUAAGAAGUUCUUCAAAAAGUUUGCGACAGGUGCUGUGCCUGUAGCCUGGCAGGAAGAAAUUAUUGAAACGGGACUGUUUGAAGAACUGAAUGAUCCUAACAGAGUAGAUUCCGGGGGUUACGCAAAUGGAGGCGAAGCUAAGUCAGGAGUUUGUUUGUUGUUGUAAAUAUCACAUUGUUAACAGAAAAGAGUAGCACCCACGUCAGAACUUUCCAUGUUCUGACACUGUUUCAGAAACUCAGUGCAUCUGUUUAAGAACCACCAAUCAGUGUAAUAUGACAUUGACAGGCUUUGUAGGACCACCAGCUGUAUAGACUAUAUUACUUUCCUUUGCUCUAACAAAGGAGAUUAUAUUUUUUGUUUUAUUGGAGAAUUACCAAGUUGAAGAACCAUAUUUCUCUAAGAAACUUAGAAUAGUAGAAAUUCAGAAAUACAAAAAGCAAUCAUAAAGUGAAGAGGCAACACCUUUUGAAAACGACUGACUACCAUUUUGAAUACAAUGAUUUGUUGGUUUUCUUUCUAUCUUCUUUUAUUUCUACUAACGUUUCCUCUUUUCUUCUACAGUUUUCAGGAAAGAUUUUUAAUUUUUGAGUAAUAUUCUCAGUUAGACAAUGGAGCUCAUAUACCAUGUCAAAUGUGGAAUCUUACUGGUUAGCCAGACUGUCUGUUGUUUUCUUAAUUUCUGUUAGUUUUUGGAUUAUUUGAUUGUAAUAUGUUCAAAUUGUCAUAAAAUGUAAAAGAAGGCUCUACAUAUCACUAGGAAAUAAGACCGACAGGAUCAAACUAUUCAAAGUUGAUUUUAACAGACUGAAGAUAAGAUUGCACCCAUUUAAUGGAAUAAAGCAUUUAUUUAUUAUUAUUAAGUGUAUUCUUUUAAGUUGUAAUACCAUAUACAAAAAAAAGUGUUUAUAAGUAAAUACACAUUAUUUUUGACAAUCAAUUUUAAACUUUUAUUAGGUUUCCUGAUAAUUUUUCCAUAUUUUCAUGAUAAAUCAAGCUAUAAACAGACGAAAGUUAUUUUAACUGUUUUUUUUCAAGACAUUUAUUUCAGUGCAAUAUAAAUUUUAAUUCAGUAGUUGCAAAAUGCAUUAUACUGUUAAGUGCUGUAGUGGUGGAAAGAUUAUGUAUGCAAGUUGACACUAUCUUUAAAUGUUUAUUGAUUCUUAUUAAAAUGUUGAUGUAUUUUAUUUUCCAAUUUUACGACAACCUAAAUUGAAUUAAUUGGAAACAUUUUUGGAAAUACUUGCUACUGCUGAAGUGUAUUACUCAUAAGAUGCAUCCUGCUGAUUUUCUAUGGUAAGAAAAUAGGUGGUGGUAGUUUGCAACAACUUUUAAAACUGAUUCUGCAUGUUGUUUACUGUCGUCUACGUAGCCAUCAUUUCCAUUGAUUAAAGUGUAAGUUGAAACUGCUCCAAAGGAACACACAUCCCCCCUUAUUACAGCUAGGUGAGACCAGUUAGUACUGCUGGCAUCAAACUUAUGUCCCAAAUUGGUACACCUCAAAUCCAUAGAAAUGCCAUUUUACAGUCCUCCAGAGCCAUAAAGCAGUACUGUGAAAUAGCUGUACGUUUCCCAGUGCAUAACUAAUUUUCAGUGUAUACGUGUUCCCAUAUGGAAAAAGGUUACGCAUAGACAGAAACAGAAUUUACCAUCAUGUCAGAAUCAGAUACCCUGUAUGAUACUAGGUGUUGAAAGUCUGGAUUUUUCCAAAUGUAUUGCAAUACUGAGAUCUGUGAUUUCAGGACGUCAUAUGCACAGAACAUUAGGUUAUUUAGUUUUAGAACUACAAAUCCUGCUGGGAUUUAUUGACACUGUAUAUCAAUGAGAUACUGUAAGGUUAAGUGUUCCAUGAAUCAUUCAAAGAAGCACAUCAGAAGUUUGAUAAUGCACAGUUUGGAACAGUGUAUGACAGAGAAGAAUGUGUUAGUUCAAAAUUAUUCAUUUUAAUUUUCUGAAAUUCUCAAUUUCAGAACGUGGACAACUGCUGUUUGCACUGUGAAGAGAGAGAGCAGAGCAAAGAUUAUGUCUGUAUUUCUGGUAGCAUUUUGAGUGUGUCUUUUAAACAUUCUUUUCAACUUUUAAGGAAUCUGUUGAAUGCUUGGUUCAUUUGUUCUUCCUGUCUCUGUAAAGUUCCUUGUUAAACUUUCAGGAAGUUAUUUUAACAUCCUACUUCACCUUAACAAAACAAAGCCAGCGAUCCUAAAAGAUGUGUGCAUUUGCUGAAUUGUCCUAUUGCAGCCAAUGAUGCUACUCAAUGUGAGUAAAUUUAAACAUAUAUGCAAGUGUUCAAGAUCAGAGCCCAAGUGAAAAGUAUUGACCAAGUCAUUAGAUGUUUAUGAUAGAAAAUGAGGGAUGAAGUUGUGGGAGGAAAAUAACCUUGUGGUUGUGGCAUACUUAAGUUCUUGUGGCAAAAGAAAAAUGUGUAAUUUGAAACUGUUUUUUUUUUCUUCUAGCUUUCUAUUUCUCCUUUGCCAGCAUUGUGGUGUCUCACUUGCCUGCCUCUUUCUCAGGCAGAUAAAAUGCAUUUAAGUGUUACUGUAAUCUAAAAAACUAAAUUGUGAACUCUAUUGCAUUAAAUGUCAUCUGUGAAAGGUUACCGAGUGCCCUGGCCAUUCUGCAGUGAUUGUACUAACAGUGCUGUCUUUCCUGCCCUGUUUUACUUAGUACUGCUGUUAGAACUACUUGAUAAUUUUAACUGUACAAGGCUGAAAUUUGACAUUCAUAAUGGCUUGAAAUCUAUUCUUAUAAGAACAUCAUUUAAAGUACCCUGGACAACACCGGAGAAAGGCUGCUGGCACUGAGAGGGUAUGAAAGGAGAAGCUUUCCAGUGUAUCUCAAGUCCAAAUUUGCUUUGAUACCAUCCCUGUUACCCUUACCAAUACCCCUCCAAUUCUAAUGAGCACAAAGAGACAAAAUGAGGUUUAGUAUUAACCUGAUGAAAUCCUUGUUCACAGAGACAGUUGAUCAGUGGCAAUAAAGCUCUAGCUGUGUAUCUUCA